AUGACGUUAUGUCUAGCGACUGUCAUUUAUCUCACCGGCAUCGUUAUCUACCGGCUCUAUCUUCACCCCCUUGCCCAGUUUCCCGGCCCAUGGCCGGCAAAAGUGUCUGGCCUCCACGCGCUCUACUACGCCUGGCGCGGCGACCGACACUUGAUGCAGGCUCGGAGUCAUGCACGGUAUGGGGAUUAUGUACGCCUCGGACCCAACUACCUGUCCGUCGCCAGCGACCUCGGGCUGCAGGAAAUCUACGGGACCAGGGCAAACGUGCAGAAGUCGUCGUUCUACCACGCCUUUGUAGCCCAGAAGGGCGCCUGGAGCACAUUUACGAGCAUUGACAGAUCACUGCAUGCACGGAAGAGACGUGUGCUUGCCCCCGCCAUGACGGAGAGGGCAUUGAAGUCGAUGGGGCGGCGUAUCAACCAAUGCAUCGACAUUUUCGUCACACAGCUAGGGCGCAACGCCGAUGCAGAGAGCGGAUGGACGCCUGCGGUCAACAUGUCGGAGCUGGCGGAUCAUGUGGCCUUCGACAUCCUCGGCGACCUGGUCUUUGGGGAGGGCUCCUUUCAGAUGCUCACUAGCUGUGCCAAUCGGUACAUUGUGGACUUGAUUGUGGCGACUUCCUACUGGGCCCUGCUGGUCGGCACCUUUCCCCUACUCCGUGCGUUACCAAUCAUUCCGCUCUGGUUCCCAGAGCUCACGCGCAAACGACAAGCAUAUCUUUUGUUCUGCCAAGAGAAGGCGUGUCAGCGGAUGGCGAAGGUCGGGGCCCCCGGUCCCUCACCCGAGGAGCACAGCGACCUGCUUCUUCAUCUGCUCAGUGGAAGACGACAUAGCGAUACCCACAGCCACCGGUUUCCCGACGACCAAGAACCAGAACCAAGUGCAUCAUCCCCACCGCCCACGGCGGAAAUCUGGGCGGAAUGUCGAACUCUGAUCGUCGCCGGCGCCGACACCGUCGCCACGGCGCUGGCCGCUCUCACCCACUACCUCGUACACAAUGAGGGUGCCUACCACCGACUUGAAGAGGAGAUCCUGACGGCCUGUCCCCGCCUCCGCGAGGUCCGCUUCCCGGGCCCCAGACCGGCCCAGUGCCCGUACCUGGAUGCAUGCAUUGACGAAGCCCUGCGCCUCAGUCCGCCCAUCCCCGGGCCCCUGCCGCGCGAGGUGCUGCGAGGUGGGAUGGCGCUGGGCCGCGGCCGGUUUGUGGUGCCGGCGGGGACGGUGGUGGCGACGGCGGCGUACGCGCUGCAUCGCCAUCCGCGGUACUUUCCGCGGCCGGAGGUGUUCUGGCCGGAGCGGUGGAUGGCGGGGUCGGCGCCGGGGGUGACGCUCGCCACUGUGCGGCGGGCGCGCCAGGCAUUCUGUCCCUUUGGGUUUGGGGCGCGCGGAUGUGUGGGACAGUCGCUGGCGUAUGGAGAGCUGAGGACGCUGGUAGUGCGGAUGCUUGGACGGUAUCGCAUCCGCUUGUGUCGGCAGGUGAGGGUCGGGGAAGGUCCGAGUGCUCGGGAGAUUGGCAUGGGAGGGGAAGAAUACAGAAUGCUCGACCGGUGGACGGCCCAGCGGGACGGCCCAUUCGUGGAGUUUCAGUCUCGACCGCGGUAG